AGUGUUUUCCUUUCCACUAAUUCUGCGAUGACGAAUCCACAGUGAACCGUCUGAUCCGCAAAACAAAAAAUUCCGCCGCUCGAUUUCGUCCCCAAAUCCAGAAAACCUAGCGGAGCUUCACCCCCAUGGAGUCCGAGGAGCGGAACGGUGAGUCCAAUCGCCAUCACCGCGCGCCUAAGAAGCCUCGAUUCGCCGAGUUCAUCACCGAGUCUGAAAUCCGGUCCGAGUUCGCUCACCACCAGAAUGGAAUCGCCAGAAUCAACAACGGCAGCUUUGGGUGCUGUCCCGGCUCUGUUCUCGCGGACCAGCGCGAGUGGCAGCUCCGGUUCCUCGAGCAGCCCGACGAUUUCUACUUCAACGUCCUUCGUCGUGGAUUGCUCGAGUCGAGAACCGUGGUCAAGGACCUGAUCAACGCCGAUGACGUCGAAGAGGUCUCGCUCGUCGAUAACGCCACUACCGCCGCCGCUAUCGUUCUUCAGAAACUCGGCCGCGGUUUCGUGGACGGGAGGUACCAGAGGAACGACACGGUUGUGAUGUUCAACUGCGCGUUCGAGAGUGUGAAGAAAUCCAUCCAAGCUCACGUAACGCGAGUGGGAGGGUCUACUGUCGAGGUGAGGUUGCCUUUUCCCGUAAGCUCGAACGAUGAGAUUAUUGCCGCGUUUAGGAAAGGUUUAGAGAAGGGUAAAGCUGAUGGUAGGACAGUUAGGUUAGCGAUUAUCGAUCACAUUACGUCAAUGCCGUGUGUUUUGAUGCCGGUUCGAGAAUUGGUGAAAAUCUGCAGAGAGGAAGGCGUGGAGCAGGUGUUUGUCGAUGCGGCUCAUGCGAUGGGUAGCGUCAAAGUCGAUGUCAAAGAAAUCGGAGCUGAUUACUACGUGAGCAAUCUGCAUAAAUGGUUCUUCUGCCCACCCUCUGCCGCAUUCUUCUACUGCAAGAAACACAGUUCUGGGUCUGACGUUCACCAUCCUGUUGUGUCGCAUGAGUAUGGCAAUGGCUUGCCCAUAGAGAGUGCAUGGAUUGGAACAAGGGAUUACAGCUCGCAACUGGUUGUUCCGUCUGUGAUGAAAUUUCUAAACCGAUUCGAGGGAGGAAUUGAAGGGAUCAUGAAGAGGAACCACGAUGAAGCUGUGAGAAUGGGGAUCAUGUUGGCUGAUGCCUGGGGGACAAAUCUCGGGUCUCCGCCUGAAAUGUGUGUCGGAAUGGCCAUGAUUGGGUUGCCUUCAAAACUGGCUUUACAGAGCGAGGAAGAUGGUAAAAAGUUGAGGUCAUACCUUCGAGUGCAUUGUGGAGUGGAGGUUCCUAUCUAUUUCCAGGGACUGAGUGACGGCGAAGAAGGAGUGAGAGACAAGGAUGGAGGAGUAAUCACUGCAUACGUCCGGAUUUCUCAUCAGGUUUACAACAGAGUAGAGGAUUAUGAGAGGUUAAGAGAUGCAAUCCUUCGGAUCAGAUCACUUUCCGAACCCUUCCUUCAACAUUAACAGAUUGAGGAUAGGCUCAUGUAAGCUAACAUGUGGAGGGGUCGACUACUGCCUUGUAAGCUAACCUGAGGGGUAUAUAAGUUUCAUCAUUGUUAAAUCAUCAUAUCCCCUCCUCUGUCUUGUAUUUAUCAAAAAUAAAAGAAUUGGGUCUAGGCUUAUGAUUAGCACUCUGCACUCUCACAUGACUAUUUCUUGUUUGCAUUUUUACUUCU